GUUAGCCUAACGACUACCCUCCUCCCGACGUUGACCUGUGUGGCACUUGUCGAUGCAUUUCCACUCGAAUCACCCGAUCUCGGCUUAGCGCAUAGCGGGACGUUGUGGAUUCGUGGGAUGGUUAUGGUGUUCUUAAACUCCUACGCGCUCUCAUGGCAAUUUAAUGAUGUUCCGAUCCAGUAUCAACCUGUCGUUGCACUUAUCAUCCCGAUAUUCAAGAUCACGCAGAAAAAUAUUUUCUGCCAACUACUCCGCGGAAAGGAUGAUCUGAAGCCUGAAAUGAUCAUUUUCAACAUUGAAAUCUCCAACGCGUUCUUCAUUUCGUCCAACAUGCAGCGGCAAGCGUCUAUCAACACGAGCAUCUUGCUUAUCGUGAUAGAUCUGGUGCACAUGGUGUUGUCGCUGUGUGAUCUAAUACUUAUGCUUAAGAGCGUCGAAGGAAUCGUUAACAAAAUGGGCAUUACCACCGCUGAAGCUGUCGCUGUUGCGCUAACGAUUGCGACGAAAUACCCGGAGGAUGGGGACCGGAAGGCAUUGACCGAUAGCGUAUCGCAAACAAAGGCUGACAUCUUGGUCUUGGCGACUUUCCGAAGACCAAGCAACAACAAAUCCGGACCGACUGUGGCGCAGAUACUGCCACAAGUCGCUCAAGUAUUGCCGAUAGAGAGAUGCACAAAUGCAUCAGCGGCAAUCGGGCGGAUUUCGACGCUGGAGCGCCACUUGCUGCUUGACAAAGUUCUCCAGAUCAUGUUUUUCACCGAGUUUAUUUUGCUCACGGAAUUUAUCGAAGUGUUCACGCCCGUGCUACCGGUAGCUCAAUGUUGUUUUCUGGUGAUUCUCUACUACUGGCCCAACCGCAGAUUUUAUUCCCAGUUGGAGGGUCUUGACGAUGACGCGGUCUGGUUUACUAUCGGCCACAUUCAGCUUUACGGGAUACUGGAGGUUGUGUUGUUCGUGGUGUUGAUAGUGACGCUCCACAAAAUGGCCUACAAGUCCCCGUUGCAGCAACUCGCGUACGCGGUGAAUCGAAAUUGGGGGACGAUCCAGUGUAAACUGGUGAUUUGGCUGCUAGUGCUGGUGCACUCGACGAUUCCUCAAUUGGGUACGUUGACUGAUGUUCACAUUGUAUUAUCGUACUCUAUAAUAAUGGCGGUGUGUGUGUAA